GACAACAAUGGUAUUAUAAAAAUUACUGUUGUUAUCCCAGUUGCCUACUAUUGAUACAGAUGAUAUUUGGUGGUCAGAAAUGUAAGGUUAAUGAUAUUUAAUAUAGAAAAACUAUAUAUCACAUAGACCACAUAUAUUUAUGAAAUUAAAAAUAGUACAGUAAUUUAGUCAGUACAUUGAUAUACAAGAUGUCUGAUACAGAAGAAGAAAAACCUUUCGCCAUAGAAAUCGCAAAACAAGGUAGAGCAGGAUGUAAAAAGUGUAAACAGAAAUGUCCUCAAGGAGAACUCAGAAUAGCGAAACUGGUAGCAAAUCCUUUUGGUGAGGGCAAAAUGAAGUCCUGGCACCAUGUUGACUGUCUAUUUGAGGUUUUUAAAAAACAAAGGCAAAAUACUAGAAGAAUAGAAAGCAUAAGUGAUAUAGAUGGAUGGAAUUUAUUAAGUGCUGAGAACCAAAAAUUAAUAUUAGAUAAAAUUGAAGAGUUUGACAAAACAUUCCACAAGAAGUUUGGAACUUCACCAAAGAAGAAACCAGCUGAAAACAACAUUAAAAAAACCACUGAACUAGUUGAGACCCAAGAAACUCCUUCUAGUUCACCUGUAAAAUCAGUGAAAUCAAAAGACUUAUUAUUUAAAGGAUUUAGAAUUUUAGUAGCUGAUAUAAGCAAUGUAAGCAGCUAUACAGAAAAAACAAAUUUAGUGGCAAAAGUUUUCAAAGAUGGUUUUGAUGGGAAAGGUUUCAAAGGUGAUAUUAUUUUAUGGUGUCGUUUACUUUUACCUGGAGUUAUUAAAAGGGUAUACAAUUUACAAAGUAAACAGCUUGUUAAAUUAUUUAGUAGAAUUUUUCAUACUGAUCAAGAGAGUAUGCUUGAACAUUUGGAGCAAGGUGACAUAGGUGAAACAAUUGAAGAAUUUUUCAUAAACAGCAACAAAAUAAAACCCGCUAAAAAUAGUUCACUUACUAUACAAGAAGUGGAUGAUUUCUUAGAAGAACUUACAAAGUUAACAAAAGAGGAUGAACAGAUUUUUCAUUUUAAAAAAUUUGUACCCAAGUGUACUGCAAAUGAUUUAAAAAUGGUUAUUCGAUUAAUUGUCCAUGACUUAAGAAUGAAUGCUGGUGCUAAGCAUGUUCUUGAAGCUGUUCAUCCAGAUGCAUAUGAAGUUUAUCAGUCUUGCAGAGACUUAAAUAAAGUUAUUAGUCGAUGUUUACACAAUUUAAAAGAAGUUAAAUCAUCCUCUGUUAAAGCUACAAUUAAUGUCAUGACACCUGUGUUACCAAUGCUUGCAAAUGCCUGCAAAUCUGUGCAACAAGCCAUUAAAGCUUGUCCUAAUGGCAUGUAUUCUGAAAUAAAAUAUGAUGGGGAACGUGUACAGGUUCAUAAACAGGGAACUGAAUUUAAAUAUUUUUCACGUAAUUUAAAACCAGUUUUGCAGCAUAAAAUUGGCCAUUUUAAAGAUUACAUCCCUAAAGCUUUCCCAAAUGCUAAUGACUUAAUACUGGACAGUGAAAUACUGAUGAUUGAUACUGUGACUGGGAAUCCUUUACCUUUUGGGACAUUAGGAGUGCAUAAAAAAAAUGAAUUUAAGGAUGCCAGUGUUUGUUUGUUUGUAUUUGAUUGUAUUUAUUACAAUGGAGAAAGUUUAACUCAUAAACCAAUUAAGUAUAGGAAAAAAAUAUUACAGGAAAACAUGACAGAAAUUCCAAAUCAUAUUGUCUUUUCUGAGAUGAAGGAGAUUAAUAAUCCUGAAGACUUAAAAGCUAUGAUUGCCAAAGUGCUGAGUGCUGGUUUGGAGGGCUUAGUACUGAAAGAUUUGAACAGCAUUUAUGAACCAGGCAAAAGGCAUUGGUUAAAAGUUAAAAAGGACUAUUUGUUUGAUGGGGCAAUGGCGGACACAGCAGACCUCAUAGUUUUAGGGGCUUGGUAUGGAACUGGCAAGAAAGGAGGUAUGAUGUCAACUUUUCUUAUGGGAGCAUAUAAUAAGUUUUCAAAGAAAUUUUGCACUGUAACAAAAGUUCAUACUGGUCAUGAUGAUAAGACUCUAGAAAGGUUGCAAUCUGAAUUAAUUAUGGAAAAGAUAAGUUGUGACCCCUCAAAAGUGCCUAGUUGGUUAAAAUGUACUAAAACAAUGGUUCCCGAUUUUGUCGCUAAAGAUCCAAAAAAACAGCCAGUAUGGGAAAUUACUGGGGCUGAAUUCACUAAACAUGAAGUUCACACUGCAGAUGGUAUUUCAAUCAGAUUCCCAAGAGUUACAAAAAUAAGGGACGACAAGCACUGGGAAUCCGCCACUACAGUUGAUGAACUAAAAGUCCUUUACGAAAAAUCUAAAGAAACAACAGAUGUAAGUUUACUGUUGAAUGCUCCUAAUAAUGAUUUACAAGAAUCUCCAAGUAAAAAAAAGAAAACUGAUGAUGAAUCUACAAAAAUUAAUACACUUUUUGAGGCGAUGAAUAAUAAGGGACAAGAUAAAUUGAAACGCAAAAUUUCAAAUGACAAAUCACCUAGUCCUCGGAAAAAAAAUAAAGGGAAAAUAGAAGUAGAAAAAUACUUUGAAAACCAAUUACCAAAUUAUUUCCCCAAUGUUAAAGCAAUUCUUGAACCAAAUAUUGAUAAAAACUGCGACUUAAUAAGAUACUUUAUUGCAUAUGGUGGAGUAAUUUUAACAGAAAAUGAGGCAAGUGAAGCCACACAUGUUAUAUAUUUGGAUAAUAAAAUCAUUGAACCAUAUAUUGUAUGUCCCAAAACUGCCGUUCAUGUAGUGAUAAAUUGGAUUUGGGACACUGUGAUAAAUAAGGGCAUCCCAAAAGAUAUUAGACCUUAUAUAGUUCGAUGGGACCCUUUAGAAUAAGUUGGCUUUUUAUUAUAUUGAUUUUAAUUUAUUUUAAAUAAUGUAUUUAAUAUUUAAAUAUUUUAAUAUGUACAUACAUUUUAAAAAUACAUGUAAAUAACUAUUUAAUUAAUGAAGAUGUGAAAAAACUCAAUUUGAUAUAAUGUUAAUUGUUGGAAUGAGGUGAAAUUUGUAUAAUAAAUUAUUAAAAAAAAAUAA